GUCGCCGUCGCAGUCGGAGUUAGUUUUGGGCUUUUGACCAGCAGCAUUUGCGGCGACGGCGUCACGGCGCGCAGACGUCGGACGGCAAAAACGGAAACCGGAAAGCGGCGACGACGGCGAAUAUUAAAAAGCAAUCAGCAAAUUGCGACAACAAACAGAACCAACGAAUGUUAACCCGAUCCCCGCGCCCCGACCCCCAAAAGCGGGUGAAAAUAUUAACAAGAACGUCAAGCAAAACGAGAACGCGAACUCGAACGCAAACGAAAAGCGAACUUCGAGUCGAACUCCCGCUCCAGUUGCAACUCGAACAGCAAGUACGAGCUCGAGCGCGAGCGCGAACAUGCCCAGCCGCGGGGCACUGUCUACGGGUCUGUCGGCGCGACCGGUCAUCGUUUGGAACGGCGCUCAGUAUACGGCGAGCAGCAGGGAAUUGGAGCUGGAGCUGCUGCGACGCGACUACGGCUUGGACGAGCGCAUGCUGGAGGCGACGCUGGUGCCGCGCUAUAAACGCCACAGGCCUCAAGCCAGCGCCAAGAACGCGCACGUGCGGCACACAAGCUCCGCGGGAGGCGCGGCGACCAACAACGACUCCAAAAGCAGCCCUGCCUCAGACUGGAUAUUGCGGCAGGGCAAUAGCAGCGUGGCCCAAAUCAACUUUCAUCCCUGGACCGAGCAGGGCGAACGCAAAUUCUCGCAUUUCGAUCUGGUGCCCUGGCGGCGCACGCGCAGCGCCUUGGACUUAAGCUCCGCCGCGGACUACAGCGGACGCAGCAACGACGUCGCCGAGAAGUCGCUGCGCGGCCUCGAGAAGCUCGAGCUGCGCCACAAUCGGCGGCGCCUGCAGCGCGCGAGGUCCACGCAACAGGGUCUGCGCCGCCAGGUGCGCGUCCGCCUCAUAUUCUCCAUUGAGCUGCGGCACAAGCGCAUGGAGCUGCUGCGCCAGAGCGCGCUGCCCAUGCGCGUCUUCGAGCAGCGCUUCGCGCUCAGCGAGAACGAGAGCGCCGCCUACGAGCGCAUCCUGCUGGAUGCCAAUGCUGGCGUCGAGCAGCAUGUCGGCUACUUUAGCAGGCGCCACGCUGGCCAGCCGGAUGCGGCGCCAGACGACGAACAGCUGGUGGUGGACUUCGCCAGCGAAACGGACGCCGAGGAACUGGAGCCCGAGGCUCAAUACGCCACCAUAGCGAAUGCCCCAGAACGUGAUAAGAAAGGCGACACGGCAGAAACGUCAGUUGCAACAGCCACAGAUCAAGUCAGCAGAGGAUCCCCGGGAGCAGCAAAUGCAGCGCCAGUCGCUGAAGUGCCAUGCGUCAAGUGUCGCGAUGUUGCCAUCAAAUUAAGGUAA